UUACUAUAAUUUCGCUCAAAACAAUAUGUUGAGUUUAUACUAAAGGGCCAAAAUAUGUCGCUCCUGGAACAGUAUGAACAGCAAUAUGCCACACUGAUUGCUGAAAUAACUGCCCACAUAGGACGACUACAGCAUCAGCAACAAAGCGGGAAUGAACGACACGAACUGUGCCGCAAAAUCGAUGGCAGCCUGCCUGAGGCUCAGGAGCUGCUCGAGCAAAUGGGACUGGAAGUGCGUGAACUGAAUCCGGGACAACGUACCAACUUCAAUAGCAAACUACAAGUGGCUCAGGCCGAAUUGAAACGUCUGCAGGCCGAGUACACGCAGACCAAGGAGAAAAAACAACGCCCCACCAAUGCCUUUACCACCUUGGAUCUGACCGGAUCUGGUGGGGAUUUCUAUGAUGAGGAUGUAUCGAUAAGUAACGAUCAACGUCAACGUUUGCUCGACAAUUCGGAACGAAUUGAACGAACUGGCAAUCGCUUGACUGAAAGCUACCGCGUAGCCUUGGAAACAGAAUCCCUGGGAGCACAAGUCCUCAAUGAUUUGCAUCAUCAGCGCGAAACCCUUCAGGGGGCACGAGCCCGUCUUCGAGAGACGAAUGCGGAUCUCUCGCGAGCAGGACGUACCCUUAACAAUAUGAUGUUGAGAGCGCUACGCGAGAAGGUCGUCCUAUAUGGUGUGGGCGUGUGUUUCGUUUUGGCUGUGGGUGUUAGCUUAUAUCUCACUUUCGCCCCCAGCUCAUCAACAACGUCAUAGUCAAAAAAAAAAAACAAAACAACUCCAACUCAAAGAUUAGACAAAAUUUUGUAAAACUGUUGACGCGCAUUCCUCCAAAUUGCAUAGAGAAAUUGUUUAUUUAUUUGUUUAAAUAGCAUAUGUUACGGCUACGAGUAUUCCAUGUGUGUGGUGGCCAGUCCUAGCCCUAAUCACUAUUCAUUAAUGCAUGUAUUGUAUGUACGUAUUGUUUAUAGUUAAUAAGUAUGUAUUGGCAAAGAUUA